CCGUGUGUGCGAGAGAGAGAGAGAGGAUGUCGUACCUUCUGCCGCAUCUGCACUCAGGGUGGGCGGUGGAUCAGGCCAUCCUGGCCGAGGAGGAGCGCCUCGUCAUCAUCCGCUUCGGCCACGACUGGGACGAAACUUGCAUGCAGAUGGAUGAAGUGCUGGCUUCAGUUGCGGAGACCAUAAAGAACUUUGCGGUGAUAUACCUGGUUGACAUCACAGAGGUGCCUGACUUUAACACCAUGUAUGAGCUUUAUGACCCCUCAACAGUGAUGUUCUUUUUCCGGAACAAGCACAUCAUGAUCGAUCUUGGGACGGGGAACAACAACAAGAUCAACUGGGCCCUUAAGGAUAAGCAGGAGUUCAUCGACAUUGUUGAGACAGUAUACAGGGGUGCCAGGAAAGGCCGUGGUUUGGUGAUUGCUCCCAAGGAUUACUCCACCAAGUAUCGCUACUAAAUUGAUGAUUUCUGUGAAAUGUUUAUCAGACUGGCAGCUUGCCCAGUACUUUGUGAAACUAUAUUCUGAAUUGCAUUAGAAGUACUAAAACUGCUUGAUAUGAAGUGCUGGAUGGGUUACAUGAUUACUCUUUUAAAAUUUGACCAAGUUACAGUCUGGGGCUUGGUGUAAAUUGUUAUCAUGUAUUCAGAACCCCUUCUUUAUCAGAUUUGUAAACUCAAACACACUUUUAUCAGAACCAUCUGCCCCCUUCGUAAUCUUAUCCAUGGAACCCUUCUG